AUGAAUUUUGAUGAGGUUGCUGAUAAAUUAUAUUUACAAUGCUCUGAACAUUUUCAAAUGGAAAUUAAUACUCCACUACGUUUAAUUUGUAAAGGAAAGAUAUUAGACCCUCACAAAAGUUUAGAACAAAAUGAAGUUUAUGAUGAUUCUUUAUGUUAUUUAUAUUCACCUGAUAUCCAAAGAACAAUAAGCAAUGAUGAAGAUGCAAUAAAUGCGUUGAUGGAUGAUAUGGUCAGAGACUUUGGAUUAAGAAAUAAUCCUAGAAUUAUUCUUUAUGUUAACAAUCCCAAUACAGGAGAAAUGGUUCGUGUUAUAAGAACUCCUACUGUUGUAAUAAAUACUCAAAAUGAAUCUUCAGUUAAUACAACUAACUCACAACCAUCUCAAAGUAACAAUGAAACAAAUAAUGUAACUAGAACACAAGAAACAGAAGAACAACCAAUGUUUAGUCAAAUUAUAGAACAAUCUCUUAUAAAUUUACUUCGCAACAUCAAUAACCAAAGUCUUCAAAUUAGCCAUGCUACUCAACCACAACAAAGCCCUCUUGAAAAUCAACAAACUGUUCAUUCACAAACUGUCAAUACUAUGAAUAAUAAUUCACAGUCACAACAAAACACCAAUCAAAAUGGACUUAGAGAAGAACAACAAAGAAGAGAAACUAACCAACCUCAAAUCAAUCCUAUUCCAUCUUCAAAUCAAAAUAACAAUAGUUCAAAUUCUAACAAUACCCUUUUAAAUCAACUAAGAUCUAUAGAUAAUCAAAUCAUAGCAAGGCCAAUCCCUACAAUAUCAUUCCAAAUAUUAGACAUGAGACCUCGGUCUAUUCCAAUUGAUAAUUUACAUGCGUUUCGAGGUAAUACAAGAACAGUAUUACAUUCAGUUAGACAAGAAAGAACGUGUCAACAAGAAAACUCAAGUACUACACCUGUCCAACCAAACAAUAAUCCUAUUGAAGAAAAAAUCAAUAGGCUUCUUUUUGAAUUAUUUGUAACACUUAUUUUUAAUGAAAGAGAAGAGGAUGUAGCAAAAGAAGUGAUUCAGUCACUUUCUACUAUUUCAAAUAACAAAGAAGAAAUUAUUGGCAGCUUUAUUAAUGGAACAGCAACUCUUCUUACAUCACUUCUCAGUGAAUCAACAAAUGAAAAAAGAAGCGUUGACCAAUCAAAUGCAAAUAUCUCUAAACCAAGAAAUCUCAGAAAAAUUAUUAUGGACAGUUGUUUAGUUCAAAUCAAACAAAUUGUUUAUUCAACAUCAAAAAAGAACGGGAAACAAAAUCAGUCAGAAAUUAAUGAUAUUCUUACAAUGACUGGAAUUACUGGAAAGAUUAUAUAUAUUAAAUCGUUAAUUGAAAAUGUAUUGUCUGAUGGUGUUGGAAGAGAAUCAUUUAAAUUACAAACAUUACGAGAUGAAAUUAAUGCUCUAACACAAUCAAGCCAAGCAGUUUUAUUUAAGAAAGAAUUAUCAGCAAUGAAACUCUCAACUACUCAAAUUAAGUCAUUUCGGGUUACUCCUUCUGGAGAAUAUUUAUUUGGUAUUCUUCCUAAUCAACCGACGUCUUUAACAUCUGCUUUGUUAUUUGAUUAUUUAUGUGAACAUCCUAAAGAACGAAUUGAUAGAACUAAUUGUUCAAAUGCUAAUAUUUUUUCAGUUUCAUGGAAAACUCCCGUUUCAUUAGAUUUAUCACUUCCACCAAUUCAUACUAUUUCAGAAGAGAUUGUUGGUGAAUUAGGUACUUCUUGUGUUGGUUCAAAAGAUACAUUUUCUGCUUUAUUAACAAGUAUUUAUGGUGAUUCAAUGACUGAACAACAAGUAGGAGAAUUAAUUGUUUUAUUAAUUCAAUGUGUUGAACGUUCAACAAAUGAUUCAUCUACAGUAUCAGAGUGGGAUGCUGAAAUAAUUGGAACAGUAUUAAAACCUAAAUGUAAAAAUUGGAAUAUUAUUGCUAAAGUAAUGGACUUUCAAGGAUAUGAAUAUAAGUCAUUAAAUGCUAUUAUUUUAUUAAUUAGAAUCUUCCAACAAAUUGGAGAUUUCCCAUUUAAUUCAUUCUUUAAAGAAGAAUGGAAUAAUGGAAGAGCACAAGGAUGUGUUGUACAAAAACUUAUUCAUAUUGCAUCACAAUCAACUAGUGAAAGUCAAUAUUUAAUGAAAUAUAUUUGUUCUUUGUAUAAUGUUGGUGUUGAAAGAGGUAUGAGAGUUUUAUGGGAACAACAAGGAUUUGUAGAACAAAUUAUUUCUAUUGGAGAACGAGCAAGUAGUGAUUUUGAUUCCAUAUAUAGCUCUAUUGAAGUUGUAUUACCAAUAUUAUGUAAAUGUAAAGCAAGUGCAGGAAGACAACGUGCAGUAUUAGCAUUAUUAAGAAAUAAUACAAAACAAUAUUCUAUUGUUCAAUCAUUAUGGAAGAAUAAUUCUCUUAUUAUUGCUCAAGGAUUCAGAGACAGAUACAUGGAAGAUGCAUCUUCCAUUGAUGAUAUAAUUAAUUCGAUUGGAAUUCAGGAAUGUUCUAAAGUUCUUACUCAAAUGAGGCCAACAUCAUUUGCGCUUGAUAUUGCAUGCUUAUUAGUUAAAAAAGAUGGGUUUAUUUUAGACAAAUGGUUGAUUGAACAAAGAAAAUUAAGAGGAAAUGUUUUUGGUAAAGAAAUUAUUCAAUUCAUUAAAGACAAACAAUUAUUGGCUACUGGAGUUUCUCCAUUUAAACUAGACUUAGAAGUAGUGAAACAGUUAUUAGUUACUGCUUCUUCAUGUGGGUCUAGAAAAGAAGCAAAUGAAUUAGAACAACAAUUUUAUACUAAAACACCAAAGAAAGAGACAAUUCCAGGAAGAGCAAAUGAAAUUUUUGGAGAUUAUUUCAAAGGAAAUUAUACAGUAGAAGCAAUUGUUAAUGUAAUUAUUAAGAUGCGUGAUAGUAAUGAUACAUCGGAUAAUGAUUUAUUUGCUUUCUUUAUUAAAACAUUAUUUGAUGAGUUUAAAAGAAUUAGUGAUUUUCUUAAAGUUGAUGUUGUUGUUCAAUUUGGAAAUUUAUAUGGAGAAAUAAUUUCUAAGGGUGUACUAAAGAAUUGUGCUUUAAUUCAUAUUUUAAGAGUUAUCUUAUGGGCACUGAGAGAACCUAUUUCAUCUAAUUUCUUUACUUGUGGAUUAACUGCACUUAGUAGAUUCAAGAAUCGUUUACAUGAAUGGCCAACAUAUUGUUAUUUAUUAAAAGAACUUAAGAGUAUUGAAACUCAAGACCCUCAGUUGUAUAGAACUAUUUGUGAAAAUGCAAAUAGUAAAUUUGCAAUUGUAUUAGCUCUUAUUCAAAAAUUAUACCCUCGUGUUUAUCCUCAAAUAGUAUUAGACUCAAAAAGUGUUUCAGUUAUUAGGACUUUAUGUGGAUGUUUUGAGGAUAUAUCAUCUAUGAGUAUAGAACAAAUUAAAAAAGAAUCUGAAAAUGUGUUUAAUACUUUUAAGCCAGCACAAAUGACUGAAAUGAUUGAAACAUCAUUAUUUAUGAUUGCUAUUAUAAGAGAAUCAACACAACCAAAAUGUAUUGAUACUAUACAAUCAUUUGGGUUUUCUUUGGAUAAACUAAAUUUAUUUACUGUUGAAAUGAUUAAUAUGUUAUUAAAACGAAGAGAAUAUGAUAAACAAACUGCUUCAUUAUUUGAAUCAUUAGGUUCAUUAUUAGGUCUUCUCACUAUUGGAAUGAAUAAACCAUUAAGGUCAAAUAAACUAGUUCCUAAAUCAUUAUUAACAGAUCAAUUAACAGUUGAAAAUUUCGAUGUUAUGUUAGAAUUUGUUGUUCACUUCUUAUUCUCUUCAAAUAAAUCUGAUAUAUUCACUCCAAAUAAUCCUUGGAUUGUUCCGUUACUUCAAGUAGUAUGUGAAGUUUCUUUAUCUCCUGAACUUUUAACUCAUCAUAACUCUAUAGAAAAAUUACUUCAACUACUUCAUAUUUCUGCUAAAGAUUAUCUCGAAUGUCAUCCAUUACGUUCUUCUGCUGAAGACUCAAUUGAUAAACUACGUAAAUUUGCUAAAGAAAGAAACAAUGGGGAUGAAGGUAUUUUUUAUGAAUUUGUAGAAAAUAAACAAUUAAUUCCUGAAAAGACUCUUAAGCAAGUGUUAUUAUCAGAAAAGUCAUUGUGUUAUGUUAAAUCUCUUAAGUCUAUUCCUGAUAUUCAAUUGCCUGAGUAUUUGAUUUGUCCAUCUUUAUCUUUAGAUCAAUGGUAUAUUAUUAUUCUAUGUUUUCUUGACUUUUCAUUACAAGAUAUAAGCAAAACAACUACUGUAAGUAUGAAUGCUAUUAUAACAACUGUUAUUCAAUUGGUUCAAAAAGACUUUGCAAUGGAAACUGAUAUUAGUAAAAUCACAGAAGCUACGAAUCGUGUAUUUAACAUUGCUCAAAAAUUAUCACAAUAUACUUGUAGAAGUUGUUUAGAUACUAAACUUUGGAAAUAUAUUAUUCCAUAUGUUAAUAUUGCUAUUAAACAAAAAGAUAUUUCUAAACCUAUUGAACAAAUAAAAGAAAUUGUGAUGAAUAGUCUUCAACCCCAAAUAGAAAAGGCUGUUUCUAUUAAAUUAGAAGAACUUAAAAAAAGUGCUAAACGACAACUUGAACAAUUCAUUCUUCAAAUAACUCCUGAACGACAAGCUGCUAUAUCUAGUAAUAAUACUAAAUUUGUUGCUAAAGGAUUUGAAUAUCUGAAUGAUGCACCUCAAUUACCUCCUAAACUUCAAAUUGCAUAUGGUGGUGUUACUAAUUAUCAAAUGGAAACAUAUGCUAUAGGAGUGACAAAUGAAACAAAACAACAUUUAGAUGAUAAAUUAGUUAGUUUUGUUCAUCAACCACUUCGUCUUGAUACAAUUGAAAAAUAUGUUCAAUUAUUAACACCUGAAUGUACAGAAAAAACUGUUAGUAAACUUAUUAUACAAUGUAUAAAUAAGGGAAGUAAAGAUUAUUGUAUUCGAACAAUGGAAAUUAUUGGAAUUAUUUUUAUUAAUAAUAAAAAGCAACCAAACCGUUGUUGUGAAUUACUUUCUGAAAUAUUUAAGGAGGUUUGUACUAUAUUUGAAAAGAAUUAUAAUAUUUCUUCAUUUAACCCAGAGAUUUAUGCAACAAUACUUUCUUCAUUAAUAGAAAUGCUUAUUGAAAAAUCACUAAAUAUCAUUGACACUGUCUUAUUAAUGGGCCAUUUUAUGACUUUCUUCCAAAAAUUACAUCCAAACCAAUUCCCAAAAUUUACUUGUCAAUGGAUUGAACUAUUCUCUCAUAGAAGUUUAUUGCUCAGUCUUUCUAAACCUUCUGAAAAAAAGAAUAGAGUCUUGUUUAUGUACUUUGACUUAUUUAUGAAAUAUUUACAAUUUGUUCAACCAAUAUUAACUUUAAAAGUUUCUAUUAGUCAACAAAUAUACUCAGCAACACUAAUAUCAAUCCUUACAUUAAGAGAAUGUUUUCCAACAUUCUUAUCAUUUUUUGCUUUACCAUUAGUAUCUGCUAUUCCUUACACUGCAGUAUCUCUAAGACUUCCAAUAUUAACUGUUGUUUCUCAUGAUGAUAACUAUUCAGAUCACUUUGAAACUAUUAUAAAAAAGAUUCCUCUUGAAAUACAAGAAGUGUUAAAUAAAGGUGAUGUUGCUUCAAUGAUACCAUUCAUCAAAACACCUUCAGCACUCCCUAUUGUUGUUGGGUUAUUAACAAAAAAGUCACUAAACCUUUUAGAAGAUCUUUUAAAAUUAUGUACAGAGUCUCAACAAAUAGAAAUUAUCAAUGCGGUUGUUGAUUUAAUGAGGCUUCAAACAGAAACAACUCAAAUGAUGAAAGACUUUAUUUCAAAAUUAAUUUCUUCAAACAUUGAAAAUUUAAACGAAAUCAUAUUAAGGGUUUUAAUAGAACGGUCAUUUGGUGAAUAUCAUCAAGUUGGUGCUAUGAAAACAUUAGAGUCAUUAGUUCAAACACACCCCCAGUUAAUCCAUUUGGCGAAACGUAAGUCAACUAUUGUAGCUCAAAAAUUAUCUGAACUUUGUUAA